AUGGCGAUUCAUCCGAGUUUCCCAUCUCAAGCCGAUGCCAGGGGUAACCUGUCGUCUCAACAGACCCGGCUAAUCUCAGCUUGGACGGAACAAGCCGCUGCGUCUUUGGAGAAUCUGACUCUCACGGAGUCAAUUCCUACAGGUGGCGUUGCACAGUCGACCACCACACGCACAGCCCUACGCGGGGCUUCUGUCGCUUUGUCCAUUCCUCUAGACGACCCUCUUCCCGUUACGGACCUGGACUCUACCCCAAGGGUCAAGCUCUUAGGUCAGCCCGUAAAAGAUACAAGACAGGUACCGAAUGUGGCUUUCCGACGGCGGGAACCACUUCGCCGUGACAGUCUCAAAAGACGCGAGGCUCUGCUCAAGGGAAAGGAUGGCAGUCGUCGCAGACAACGCUGGGAGAAUGAUCGUCUCCUGCAUAAUCCCUGGGCGGAAGCCCCGUCUCCCAAGGACUGGCUUCCGCAGCCAACGCACACCCGCCACGAGCCCAUGCCUUACUAUCUCGCUCCCCUGUGGGAUGCUCAUUAUGCACAUGUGGAUCGAUGUUCGUCCAGACAGGCUGCAGACGGUGCCAAGGUUGAGAAGCAUCGCAUUCCCAAGGAGCUGCGUUUGAAGCUGAAGCAUGCUCGUGCUGCGCGCGGUAUGCUUCAGGAUAUCGAAGAGGACAUCCGUCAGUUUAUCCAGAGAUGGAAUGAGAAGCAGCUUCUUCGUGCCAAGGAUGGCCUCGCAGAUGCGCCAUCUUCAUGCGACGAGGAUUCCGAGGAUGAAGUGGUAUUCGUGGGUAGAAACGGGCAGACGCAUGACUCGCCCGAUCGUAAGGCCAAUCUGCAGGCUAUGCGCGAGGCCAUGCGUUCUCACAAUGAACACGACGGGGAGAAAAUGGUGUUCGAGAGUCUCGUUGACGACCGCGGUGCUGGAUUUGGUCGCUGGUUGGUACACUCGAUAGCAUCUUAUUAUGGGCUCCAUACAUGGUCAGUCACGGUGGGAGAACCUGCUCGACGCGAGGCAUACGUUGGGUUCUACCCCCCAGCUCCUAGACCCGGCGCUGGCUUACUAUCGCAUCUUCCCGUAACUUGCCGGCAAGAAGCGAUGUUCCAGCCCGGUGAAGAACUUCCCAACCCCCUCUGGUCGCAAGUAUAA